AUGCCAAGUGAUAAAGAAAAGUUAGAAAAAAGGCGAGAGCAAAAAAAACUUAGCAUGAGAAGAGCUAGGGAAAAACUAAAGCAAGAUAGAGACAAGCAUGAAGAAAUUAAACAAAAGGACAGAGAAAGAUACCGAAAGAAAAAGGAAGAAGGAUUGGUAAUGGGUAUAAAAGAUCUUAGUCGAAGAGACCAAAAAGCGAAAAGAAAGGAAUGGAGGGAAAAAGCCAAGCGUUAUAGACAGAAGGAAAAAAAUAAUCGGCUUCUUAACGAUAUGUUACAAAGAAAUUCUCCACUGCCAACUCCUGAACGAGAGAUUGAAUUGCCCAGUACACCUCCAUCAACUAGCAGAAUUGCUUCCGGAAAAAAAAUUGCUAGGAGAAAUAGGGAGAAAUGGAAAAAAGAGAAAAAUGAUUUGAUUAAAAUGCUAGAUGAGGCUAAAUCAAGAAAAAAUAAAUACAAAACCCGUUAUUACAGACUAAAGAAAAUAAUGGUAAAAAAGAUGUCUACUCCUGAAAAAACGGUAUCAGAAAUGAUAGCUGGACAAAGUGUCACUCCAACUGUGAGGAAAAAUCUUCUUCAUGGGAAGGUUCUCAAAAAACAAAUCUCUAAAAAGGAAACCAAAACUAUUUUUAAGAAAGUUUUGCAUGGUCCUUUGAUUAAAAAGUUUAAAUUGAAUAAAAUGUUGCAAAAUUUGACAUCCAGAAGAACUUUAAGUUAUAGAAAACAAGUAACUAACGGAAAAAUUAUUGCGGCAAGAAGAGCUGUGGUAGAGUUUUUAGAAGAAGAUGAAAAUAGCAGAAUUACAGCUGGAAAAAAGGAGAAAAUUACUAGAAAAAAAGUGAAAAAACAGAUUCGUUACUUGAAUGAUUCUAUGAGAAGACUUCACGAAAAAUUUAUCAAGAAUACCCAAUUAAAGAAAAUUACCUACUCAACGUUUUGUUCACUUCGCCCAUUUUGGAUUAAAUUUCCAAAUUAUAAGUCGAGAUCAACCUGUUUGUGCAAAAUUCACACGAAUAUGGUUAAGAGAUGUAAAAUUGACCAACUACUUUGUACAAAUUUUCCAUAUGAAUUAAGCAAAUCCUUAUGUUGUGAAAUAUAUAGAGAAGAAUGGCAAGAAAAGAUGUGUCACAAAACUUUGAAGGAGAGCAUACCAUGCACAAAACUUGAACUGGUGAAAGAACUAAAUAACACCAUCGGACCUUACAUGAAGCACUGUUUAACUGUUUCUCAUCAGCAAAAGGCAAUCACUGAUAUAAAACAAAAUCUUACAAGCGAAGAAAUUCUGAUACACGUGGAUUUUAGUGAAAACUAUGAAUGUAAAUAUGGGGAAGAAAUACAAUCGGUACAUUUUGGGGGGUCAAAACAACAAAUUUCACUUCAAACUGUAGUGGUUUAUUAUCAUGAAGGACAUCAGUGCUUCUGCACCCUAUCCGAAAAUCUUAAACAUGAUCCACUGGCUAUAUGCGCUCAUUUUGAACCAAAUUUGAACACAGUUAAAACAAUUGUACCAGGUUUAAAAACUGCCUAUUGUUUAAGUGACGGUCCAUCCAAUACAAAAAUAAAACAAUGUUUCAACUGGCUAUCAAGUAUGUGGCGCAUCAUAUUAAUGUGGAGACAUUUCAUUGGAAUUAUAGUGCCAGUGGUCAUGGCAAGGGAGCGCCGGAUGGUGUUGGAGGGUGUGUAA